AGCAAACAGAAAAAAUGUCGCCUUCAAGUACAACUGGGCAUUGAAGCCGGUAACAACUUUAAAGUAUUCAAUUUCACAUUGUACUUGAUACAGACAUCUUGAUCAAACUUACGCUAAAUCCUGUAUGUACGGAUGAAAUUGGUAAUUCAUCCAGUCGAUCUGUCAUAUAACCCGUAUAUUUUGAUACCUAUCACUCAGAAAGCAUUGAUUAUAGCCUGUGUAAAUUAUUGUAAACAAAUUCAACCUCUUGUUAGGAAAUACAUUCUAAAAAAUGAUGAAAAAGAGCUACCAAAUUUGAUAUAUGUUUUCAUGCUUGUAUUAAUUUAUGAAGUCUAUACUAGGAUACUAUUCAUUGCGGAUACAAAAUCAACAACAAGAUAUUUGAUUGUCUCUACUCGACUUACUACAUGUAUACAUUACUUUCGGAUUGCACAAGGAGGCCCUGUGUACUACAAGUUGCUUCGUUACACGAUUCGCAAUUUUUCGAUUUGCCAUUAGCCG